AUGUUUGAAAUAGAUGAAAUGAGUCAAUAUUCUUCAACCUCAACCCUCGAUAAUGACAAUGCAAUAAGUACUUUUGAAGAUUUAGGGCUUGAAGCUUGGCUCGUGGACGCGUUAAGAGCAAUGUCCAUCCGAUUUCCAACAGAAAUUCAAACGGCAUGUAUACCACCAAUAUUAGCUGGACGAGACUGUAUAGGCGGAGCAAAAACCGGGUCCGGUAAAACGGCGGCAUUUGCUUUGCCAAUACUUCAAAAGUUGUCCCAAGACCCGUAUGGUAUAUUUGCUUUGGUUCUUACUCCUACAAGGGAAUUAGCAUUCCAAAUUGCCGAACAGUUUCGUGUUCUAGGAAAAGGAAUCAAUCUUAAAGAAUGUGUUGUUGUGGGAGGUCUGGAUAUGAUGAGUCAAGCACUCGAACUUUCUCGUAGUCCUCAUGUUGUCAUCGCAACUCCAGGACGAUUGGUGGAUCAUAUUAAUAGUAGUGCAAAUGCAGUUAAUCUUAAAAAAAUUCAAUUCCUAGUGCUUGACGAAGCUGAUCGUCUUUUAUCCUCAACGUUUUCAAAUGAUCUUGACGUUAUAUUUGACAAUAUACCACAAAAGCGUCAGACUUUGUUAUUCACAGCAACAAUGACCGAAAGUAUUUAUGCAUUAAGUGAUCCAGAUAAAGAACCUUCGAAGAGACCAUUCUUAUAUCAAGUCAAAUCUGAAGUAACUACAGUUUCAACUUUAGCCCAGUAUUACAUAUUCAUACCAUCGCAUAUUCGUGAACCAUAUUUAGCAUAUCUCUUACGAUCCAACGAUUUUACCGAUAAAUCCACCAUUAUAUUCUGUGGAAGGUGUAGAACAGCCGAAAUGUUACGUAUCAUGUUGUACGAAUUGGGAAUUCGAUGCACUAGCUUACAUUCGACAAUGAGUCAACAGGAGAGACUUAAUAGUCUUGGAAAAUUUAGAGCUGAAGUGGUCAAAGUUUUGAUUGCAACUGAUGUUGGGAGUCGUGGUCUUGAUAUUCAAACGGUUCAAUUAGUUAUUAAUUUUGACAUUCCUCGAGAUCCGACUGAUUAUAUUCAUCGAGUUGGUCGUACAGCAAGAGCAGGACGAGGCGGUGUUGCAAUUUCAAUUGUUACGGAACGUGAUGUCGAACUAGUAGAAAAUAUUGAAACUAGAAUAAAUAAGAAAAUGGUUGAAUGGAAAAUCAACGAAAAUAAAGUAUUGGAAUCGUUAAAUGAGAUUGCAACCGCAAAACGCGUCGCUUCUAUGCAUCUGCAUGAUACAAAGUUUGGUGCCGCAAAAGAAAUACAGAAAAAGAAGCGUGCCAUGUUGGAAGAUGGUGACGGAUUCGAUAAAAAUACUCAAAAACGUCAACAGAAAAAAGUUAAACAAAAAUUAAUAGAUCAAUAA